AUGGGCGACAUCUACCGCCGUGCAUUCGAAGUGCUGAUCUGGCUCGGUGAGACCGACGAAAUGACAACAGAAGCGAUCAAAUGGCUCAACUUUAUUGACGAUUUGCCUCUAGGGCAACGCUCCUUUGACCUCCUUGACGAGCGUUUUGGUCUGGAUUUCAUGACUCGCCAGGCAAUAAUAGCGCCAACUGCCAAAAGGAGAUGGUUUGAGCGUGUCUGGACACUGCAGGAGUAUGCUUUGGCUUUACGGGAUCCAGUUUUAUUGUGUGGCAAACACAUGUUUGCGGCGACUCAACUGGCUCGACUGGUCGACGAAAAGUUGUCAGAUCGUGGAACUACGGAUGACGAGCCUCGUGCUGUAGAGCCUCCACAGUCUCCGGGUCGCACUUGUGUACCGCAGGAUUUCCGCGACUUCUCGAAGGACCGGAAAAAUGUCGGUCGCGAAACGACGUUCAUAAUAAGGCCGCGCCUGUACAUGCGAUGCGCGAUUCGGGAAUCUAUCAAACUUACGGGACACAUAUCUUUAGCUGGGGUCUGGUCUUUGUCUGCGUUGACCCGGACAAGUAUCGCUCACGAUUAUGUCUAUGGUUUACUAGGCCUUAUGGACCAGAAGCAUCGAUCACAUACCGUGGUGGACUACGAUCUCGAGCCCGACGAUGUAUACCGACAAUAUAUGACGCAGGUGAUCUCGACGUGCUAUGGGAUUCUUGCUAAUCGAUUUGACAAUACUACCUUCCAAGACCCCGGAUCUCGGCAUCCAUCUUGGGUCCCGGAUUUGUCACGGCAGGAUGGGGUAAGUCUUCUUCAUGGUGGACGUGGCGCAUCUAGGAAUUGGUCGGAUCACUGGCGGGAGCUGGCUACCCCGCCGCUAUUGGGUGAUGAUGGCAAGAUACUGCAUUUAGAAGGACGAAUACUGGGCACAGUCAGGUCAACAUAUCUGAUGCCGGAUCAAGCUUCACACGUGCCACAGAGCAUUGCAUAUAUGGAGGAUCAAGUGGUAUCCUUCGCUUGCUACUCCAAAUCGGUGCGGUGGCUUCUGGGGCUGUGGUAUGGUGCUCUUGAUGAGCGUCAUUGGCAGAUGCUCCGAGACCUCUCUCACCCGGUUCACUCUCUGCUGUUCCCGGGCGAGCAAGACUGCGAUGCUCACGAAGACAGCGAAGACCAAAAACAGACGGACGACGAGCAUGUAGUUGUAUGCGAGAGCUUGUGCAAAUCCGUUGUAGCUUAUACUGCACAUAGUAGCUUCAUCACCACGACGAGCGACUUGCCUGCGCUAAGUUGCCGGCAUGCCAAGGUGGAGGAUGUCCUCGUCUACUUCCAUGGCUUUAAGGGUUCAUUCCUGGUACGACCACGGAGAAGUCACUAUGCCAUCGUAGGAUGGGCCAAUGUUGCCGCCAUGGAGAGCGGUCAGGAUGUGCAGCACUACUGUGAGACCUACGAUGUGCCGGAAGUGACUUUCCGGAUUGGGUGA